AUGAAUGAAGAUUUAAAAUUAGGGUCUGUGGUGUGGCCUAAUUUUUCUUCUCCUUUUAGUUUAUCAUGUUAUGCUGUAAACGAAGGUUGUAGUACGUUAGCUGCAGGUAGUUAUGAGGGUAGUAUUAUUUUAUUUAGGAUUGAUGAGAAUAAGGUCGAGUAUGUUGAUAAUAAAAGGAAAGGUAAGACGGGAGAAGGGUAUGUGAAAAAGGAUGAAUAUGAUGAUAAGAGUGAUAAUAAAAUAAGUGAAAGUUUUAGUAGUAGUACUAAUCAUAUGGUUGAUGAGACCUAUGAUAAAAAAAAUAAGAAAGAGGAAUUAUUAAGUGUGGAUGAUGAUAAGAUGAGUGUUGAUAUUAAUAAUAAUGAUGAAAAUAUGAAUUCUGAGAAAAAAGAAAGUAACAACAUUAAUAAUAAUAAUAAUGAAAAUAAUGAAAAUAAUGAAAAUAAUCACAAUAGUAAAAAUAAUAUAAAUAAUAUAAAUAAUAUAAAUAAUAUAAAUAAUAUAAAUAAUUGUAUGAAUAAUUUGAGUAGUAAUAAUUUGAAGAGAGAUAAUUCUAAAAAAUUUCCUAAACAAAAUCGAAAACGCUUUAGUAACAGAAUUAAUUUAUUACCUUAUAAUAUUUUAUUAAAUAAUAGUAAUAAUACAUGCAAUAAUAGUAUUGUACAAUUAUGUUAUGGUUUAACAUGUUGUGCUUUAAUCGAAUGUGUAUCGAAAGAAAUAUUGAUAUCAUUACAUGUAGAUAAUAUGAUAUACUUCUGGUCAAUUGAUGAAGGUAGAUGUUUUAAGGUUUUAAAGAACUUUGAUUUUUUGAUUUAUAACUUAAGAAUAUUACCAGAUAGAAGAUUUCUAUUAAUUAGUGGAGAGAAAAAAGUUUUAGUCGUAGAUAUAUGGGCUAAUUCAGACAAGGAAAUUAUAGCACAACUAAAUAUUGGCUCAAAUCAGAAUACACAGAAUGAAUAUAAUAAGAGCGAGAAAAGCAAAAUUGUAAAUGAUUCCAAAGAAGAAGAAGAUUAUUAUAUUGGUGAUAUUGAUGAUAAGUAUUAUUCAUCGUCUUACGGAUCGGAUGAUAAUAAUAUGUACAAUAUGAAUAGUAUGUAUGAUUAUUUAAAUAAUAAUAUGUCAUCUGAUCCUCAAGAAAAUAAUAUAUAUAUUAAUAGUAAAAAUAAAAAUUAUGGAUAUAAUAGGUUGGAUCGAGAUAAAGAUAAAGACAAAGAUAGAGAUAAAGAGAAAUAUAAAGAUAUAAAUAAUAAUAUUCAGGACGAGACCAUGAACAUAAAGAAUAUGUUUGGAGUUUCCAAUCGAUAUAUAAAUGACAACAAUAAUAAUAAAAGUCAAAAUUAUAGACGAAGAAAUAAUAUUCAUACACGUGAUUUAAAACUAUGUUCUAUAGCUACAGGAGUUGUUCCAUACUUAAAAGAAGAUAAUCAAAGAUCCGUUAUACAAUGUUUUAAAUUAUUAAAACGUAAAUUAUUUAGUAUCGAUGAUAAAAAGGAAAAGGAUAUGAAUAAUAAAAAUAUCAAGAAGAGUUAUGAGAAAUUAUAUGAAGAUCUAUUCAUAAACAAUAACAACAGCAAUAAUGAUACCAGUAAUUAUAAUAAUAAUAAUAAUAAUAAUAAUAAUAGUAAUAAUAUAUUUAAUGAUGAAUAUUUAAAAUUAAAAGAUAAAGAAGUUAAUGAUCGUUUAAAUAAUUUAUUUUAUUGCCCAGUUUUAAUUUGUGCUUCAUUAAAUAACGGAGAUAUUAUAUGUUGGGAUUUAACCGAUUUUUUAAAUUAUUAUAAAUGUAAAUGUCGUUUUGUUAUUAGAACCGAAAAAACAGAAUUAGAAUUAUAUAAUGAAAUGAUAGAAGAUAUAUCAGAAAAUUGUAUAUACGAUGAAUUAAUAAAAACACGUAUUAGUUCAACUAAUGAUAUUAAUUUAAAAGAUAAUGAUAAAAAUAUUAAAGGUAAAGAAGAUAUAUAUAAAAAAUAUAUGGGUAUAUAUAAUAUAGAUCCUAUACAUAUAGCUAAUUUAAAUGAAUUCGAAAAAAAAACAUUAGAAAUAGCUAGCAAUGGAUAUUCUAGUCAAAUAGCUAUAAUAGAUAAUUAUAUUAUUUUAUUACAAAAAACCAGGUUAAUUAUUUAUGAAAGGAAAUGUCUAUCAUCUUCAAAUAAUUUAUCUGAUCCCUCAUCAAAUAUGUCUUCUUAUUUCGUCCCCUUGAUGGAUUUAUUUUGUCCUGAUUAUGAAGAAACACGAAAGAGAACAUCUCAUAAUACUCACUGGGUGGGAAUCCAGGUCGUUCGUCGACCUAUAUGGAAGUUUUCAUCAGGUAUUUUCCAAAUGAUGGGGUUUAAAAAAAAGUCAUACAACGUUAUGCAGAAAUUAUCAAAGAAUGUGUGUGGUUCAAUUAUUGCUUGGACAAAUGAAGGAAGUUUCUAUGCAUACAGCUUACCAUUAAAAUUUUCGAGUCUGUUUUUAUCGUUUCAGUCCAAUAUAAAAUCCUUCUUUUUGAAAAAGGUCUCAAAAGAUUUGUUAGGUUCCUUUAAUAGUGCUGUUCCUUUGAUUAUUUAUCGAGAGAAUGUUAGGAAAAGUGAUGAGGACAUAAAAGAUACUACUGUAGAUUUUAUGAAUAAUAAAAAUUUUGAGAUUAAAAUAAGUGAGAGUGCUGAUAUGAGUGUAUAUAGUAGCAAGAUGUAUUCUUCUGAAUGUAUAAAAAGGUUGAGUAACUCGAAUGAAGAACUAAUGGAUAAUACAAGUAAAAAAAAAAGAAAUAUCGAAAAAACAAAAGGUAAAAAGGGUGACAAUAUUAUAAAUUUAAUUUGUAAUGAUGAAAAGAAGAAUGUUCUUUUUGAUGAUUAUAAAAAUUAUGAGUACAAUCAUAUUGAGAAGCAUUCAAAAUGUAAAGAAGAUUUUUUCUUUUUUUUUGUAAAUAAGAAUUAUAAACGUAGAAUAAUAGUAUAUGAAUAUUUAUACAAUAUAUGGUACAAGACGUCUAAAAUAGAAAAGGUAUGGUUGUUACCUAAAAAGAAGAAUGUAGAACAUGUAAUUCAUAUGAUGAAAAGUAAGAAUGGUGAUAAUAUGACUAGAACAUAUGAUAAUAUAAAAGAUUAUGAUGAUAAGAAUUAUAUGGAUAAGGAAAAAUAUAUAAAUCAAAAUAUAAAUACAUUUGAUUUAAAUAAAAAGAACAAUAAUAAUAAUAAUAAUAAUAAUAAAACCUUUGGUGAUAUAAAAAAGAGUGAAGGUAAUAUUUGCUCUUAUGUUAUAGCAUAUUAUAAUUUAAAUAUAUAUAUUAUUAUAAGUUAUACAAACGGAUGUGUUAUUAGCACAUUAAUUAAUUCUUAUAAUAAUAAGUUGAAUAAAGAAAAGGUUAUUCAUAAUUUAUAUAUUCCUAAAACGUUGUAUAAUAAAUAUCGUAGAAAUAUGUUCAUUACUACACUAUAUUAUGAAAAUAAUUUUUUAAUAGGUGGUACAAACCAUGGGGAUAUUCUUAUAUGGAAAUUAAUAAAUUUUGAUUUAGUAAAGAUUUUAAAAAAUUAUCAUUUGUCUUAUGUAUGUAGUAUACAUAAAGUUGUAAAAGAAAAUUAUAUUUCUAAUAAUUUAAAAAACAAAAAGAAUAUAUUAGAUAGUACUGUUGUUAUAAAUAAUAAAAAAAAGAAAAAAGACGAACAAGAUAGAGAUAAAAAGAAAGAAGAGGAUUUAGAAGAAAUCGUUAAAGAAGAUAUGAGUAAUUUUAAAUUAAUGGAAGAAGAUCAUUGGGUUUUAACUUGUGAUAGUAGUAAUAAUAUAAUUUUAUUAAAUUUGAAUCCUAUAUAUUAUGAUAAAAAUCGAUCAAAUUGUUUUUAUCAAAAUGAUCCAUAUAAAAUAUGCAUAACAAGAGAUGAAGAAAUCGAAAAAUAUAAGAAUAGCAAAAAUAGUUAUUUUAAAAAUAAAGAAAACGAAGAAAAAAAAAAAAAAAAAAAAAAAAGAGAAGAAAAAAAACAAAUUAUUUAUUAUUAUGUACAUAGUUUAUUAAGAAGGUCAACUGGUAUGUGGAAGGAAAAUAAAAAUAUAUAUAAUUUGUUGAAAAUAUUAAAAUAUAAAAAAAAUUUAGGAAUGAAAAUAUUACGCAACAAAUACUAUGAUCAUUAUUAUCAUGAUAUGUUUGUUGCGGAGAAGGAAAUGCACCUUUGUUCUUUGAAAAAUUAUGGAAACGAACAAAAAUAUUCUUUUCACAUAUAUAAAAAUUUAUAUAAAAGUGUUAGUAAGAUAAAAGGAAUACAAAAGGGUAGAAUAAAUACAAAAAAAAAAAAUACAAUGUAUGAUGAUAAUUUUGAUGACGAUAAAGAUAAAAAUGAAAGUAAUGGUAAUUUUGUUGAUAAGGAUAAAAAUGAAAGUAAUGGUAAUUUUAUUGAUAAGGAUAAUGGGAAUAACCAACAUGAUCAUGAUCAUCAUCAUCAUCAUCAUAAAAAUGAAGAAGAAGAAGAAAGUAUUAGUGAUAAUAAUAAUAGUCAUAUUAAAUAUACGAGAAAGAAAAAAAAAAGAAUAGACUCAUAUAUUUAUAAUAAAGAAUAUUAUAUUAUACAAAAAGAAAAAGAAUUAAAAAAUAUGACAGGUAUCUGUUUCCAUUGUACAUGUAGAAAAUUAGAAAAAAAAAAUGAAAUAAAUUACAAAUUAAUAAAUAAUAUAUAUAUAAACACAUAUUCUUCUUUGUUGUAUAUAAUAUUGUUAAAUAAUUAUGUAUUCAUAUAUAAUUAUAAUACUGGUCAAUUUAUACGAUCUAUAUAUGAUUCAGAAUUUAUGCAGAUAACAAAUUUUUCAUAUGAUCAAUGUUACCUAAAAUUAGGUGUAAAUAUAACACAUUUAAAUAUUUUGAAUAGAGUUAAAAUAAAAGAUGUGAGUAAACAUGAGAAUUAUGAUAUAAUCGAUGAGGAAUAUACUAUACAUGAUGAUGAAGACGAUAAUUAUUAUGAUUAUAAUUAUGAUGGUAAAUUAUCACAAGGUAAUUAUAAAUAUAAUCAUGUGGAUGACGUAGAUAAUAAUAAUUUAAAGUAUCCUCAAAAUGAUUACAUUUUUAGUAAGAAUAAAGGUAGUAAUAUGAAUUAUUUAGCACCAUCAUUAUCAUCAUCAUAUAUGUUAUCAUCUUAUAUGUCAUCAUCAUAUAUGUCAUCAGCUUCAUCAUAUUCGUCAUCUUUUUCCUCUACUUAUUCUCCUUCAAUUUGUUCUCCCUCCAUUUUAAAUAGUUCUAUAGAAAAUGUUGGGAAAAUGAAAGUAUCAUUUGACCUAUUAUACAAAGAUAAUAUAAAUGAAGAAAAGAAUUUAAAGGGUAAAAAAGAGGUAGGAUUAAAACGUGAGAAUAAUAUGUAUAGAUAUAAUUUUGAGAAUAAUUGCAUUUAUAGAUAUAUAGUAAAAACCCAAAUUCCUAUAAUAAGUUUUGUAUUAUUUCGAGAUAGUAAUUUAUCAAAGAAAUGUUUACCCUUAACAAAAUUAUUAUAUCAUUUUUUUAUGCCUAAAAAUUGUAUACAAGUAUGUAAAGAGUUAUUUCCAUUUUUAAUUAAUUUUCCGUCGAUACCAUUUUCUUUAUGUAUUCAUGGGAAGGAAUCUACCUUUAGUUUUGUUAUACCUAUGUCUACUCAGAUAUAUUAUUUUUCUAGGAUGCAUUCCAUGAAAUGUAAAAAGAAUGAUAUUGACGUAUAUAUAACUAUGGGUAGUAAGCAAAAAGAAAGGUAUAUAUUAUCUGAGAAAAGAAAAAAAGAAAAAUUUUUUUAUGAUUCUUUAAAUUUAGAAUAUGAUUCUGCAUAUAAUAAGAAUUUCAAAAAAAAAUAUUUCCUUAGCGAUAUAUUAAAAAAAAAGUACAUUUAUUUGGAUGUGAAGAUGGGAUGUUUGAAGAAAAAAAGUCUUAAGAAUUUUAGAGAAUUCUCAAAGUAUAAAAAUUUGACCAAGCAAGGAAGUGUACAUAACAAUUUGUGUAAUUCUUAUAUUGAACGAGAUAGAGCAAAAGAAAAGAAAGGGAAAAUGGGGAAAGCACUUGAUGAUGAUAAUAAUAAUAAUAAUAAUAAUAAUAAUGAUAAUAUAAAAAAAAGUAAAAUAAAAUGUAAUGACGCAGGUGAUUAUAAAGAAGGUAUGCAUGACUUGAAUAAAUAUGAAGAUGAUGAUAAAAGAGAAUCCCAUAUAUCAGUACACAAUAAUGCAUAUAAUUGUAUGUAUUAUAAUAAUAACAUGGGUAAUAAAAAAAGAAGUAAAAGUAAUUAUAAUAAUAAUGAUGAUGAUAAAAAUAAUAAUAAGGAGAAGAAUAAUGCAUGUAUUGAUAUGAUUACUAAUAAAGAUAAAGAAAUUAUAAAAUGUGAUGAAAAAAAUGUAGAAACAGAAGAAUAUACAAAUAGACGUAAUUAUCAUAUUUUACAUUAUAAUUAUUAUAAAGAUGUUAGAGUAAACAGAAGAAACUCGAACAUUUCUCCCAAAUGGGUUUUAAAAUAUUUAGAUGAUGAUUUAUCAAAUUAUUCAUCUGAUAAAUCGAGUAUAUGUUUAUAUAUAAAAAAAGGAAAUAAUAAUAAUAAUAAUAAAAAUAAUAGACAUAGUAGGGGAAAGAAUAUGAAAAAGGAUGAUAAAAGGAAAAAAAGUAAUGUACACUUGAAUAAAAUGAAUAGUAAGGUAGAAUCUAACACAUGUGAUGAUAAUUCAUUUAUUAAUAAUAUUAGAUUUGCAAAAUUGAAAGUAGAAAGACGUAAGAAAUGUAAAAGGAAUGUACAUAAGAAUAAGGAAUUUUUUUUUUGUAACAACAGUAUUGAAAUAUAUUGUAAUAGUGUGUAUAUAAAAACAUUAUAUAGCUGUUUCAUUUUAAGAUUUCUAGAAUUAUGGAGGAGGUGGUAUAAAAUAAAAUAUAAUGAAGAAGUUAUAAAUAAUUUUAAUGAGUAUAUUAUAGAUAAUUUACCCGAUGGAAUAGAUAUAAAUUUAUUUUUGUUAAGUUAUAUAUCUAUGUAUCCAUAUGAUAAAAGUAUAAGAUUAGAAUUACAAAAUUUUAUGUAUAGAAAAAUACGAAAUAUGAGUGAUAAAUUAUUAGAUAAAUAUACAAAGGCAUCUACUGAGAUAUUAAGAAUAAAUAAUAAGAAGAAAAGAAUAAUAGAAAAGAAUAUCGAUGAAAUAUCUUUAUAUGAUACUAGUGGAACUUAUAUUAUAUCUAUAAUAAUACCAAAGGUAGGAUGUUUAUAUUUAUAUCCAUUUAUAUAUGCUGAUGAGAUAUGCUUAACAUUAUUAUUAUUAUUAUUAUUAGUAAAAUCUGAAUAUUUAAGAAGUUGUAAAACAUUUUAUACGAAUGCUAGUAUGAUAACUUUAAUAAUACAUCAUAUAUGUUAUUAUAUAUUUGUAGAUACAAAAUAUUUUUUAGAAAAGAAUAUAAAAUUUAAUAAAUUUAAAUUAUUUCAUUUUAUACAUUUAUUAUCAUUAAGUUUUUCCAUAACAUGGGAUUUGCAUAUAUUAAUACAAAAAGGGAUAUUUACGAAUAAUAUGAAGAAUGUAUCUAAUGUUACAUUUAAUUUAUGUUUAAAAAAGGAUGAUUUUAUAUUUAAUGAAAGAUUAAUUAAUGAAAAUUAUUAUAAAACCUUAAAGGAUUAUUAUGUACAUGCAGAAAUAAAUAUUGAUAAAAGUGAUAGUAAAAUGAUAAAUAAUUCUUUAACCGAAAUAAAUUUGAAAAAUUAUUUGGACGAUUAUUUGGAAUAUAUAAAUAAAAUAAGUGACAUAGAAUUGGAAAAAAUGGAAGCUAAUCAAUCUAAUAAUAAUAAUAUAAACAACAUGAACAGUAAUAAUAAUAUAAGCAACAUGAACAGUAAUAAUAAUAUAAACAACAUGAACAGUAAUAAUAAUAUAAACAACAUGAACAGUAAUAAUAGUAAUAAUAAUAAUAUUAUAAAUUCUUUUGAUAAUAUCUUUUCAUAUAUUAGUAAUGAAGAAAAAUAUAAUAUACGUAAUAAAUCAUAUGAAUUAUUAAGGAUAACGAGUUUUAUGGAUUCAAAUAGUAAUAAUAGUAGUGGUUAUAUAUCGAGAUUUAAUAAAAAAUAUUCUUUGAUAGAUAAGAAAAAUAAGAAUGUAGAUAAUAAUGAUAAUAUUAAACGUGAUACCUCUUAUAUUACAUUUUAUGAUAAGAAUAAUAAUAAAUUAGAUAAAUAUAAUAUAUAUGGACAUAUUAAUAAACAUUAUGAGAAUAGUAAUAAUAAUAUGAACUAUAAUAAUAAAUAUGAUAUUCUUGAUAAUAAACAUGAUUAUAUAACGAAUCCUUAUGAAGACAAAAAGAAUAAAAAAAAACAUUUUUUUUCAAAACAUUAUAAUAAUGAUAAUAUAAAAGAUAAUGAUACUAAUAUGGAGAAUGAUAAUAUAUGUCGAAUUAAUGAACAUAAUUAUAUAAAUAUAUGUCAUUUUAUAUUAAAUAUAUUUGAAUUAUAUACCUUAUCAUUAAAUAAUAUUAGCUUUUUAAAAAUAUUAAUAAAUAUAGGAAGAUUAGAACCAUUUUUAUUUUUAAAAACAUUACAUUAUAUAUCUGGGAAUAUACAUAAAAAAGUAUCGUCAAUUAAUAAAAUAUUAUUUCUAUUGAUUAUUUUAAUAAAAAAUUAUAAAUGUAUAUUUAUAUGGUAUAUGAAUAUAAUUAUUGAUAUACUAUUAAAUUCAUUGGAUCCUUCAAAUAAUGUCCGAAUAUUAUGUUUAAAAUUAUCAACAAGUCUCAUAUAUACACUAGUCAAAUAUUAUAAUAUAUGUUCAUUUAAUAAGUUUACACAAAAACUAGCUGUUGUAAAUAAUAUAAACAAAUGUAUAUAUCUAUAUGAUUUAAAAAGUGCAAAAAAAUUGAAGAUCUUCCAAGGACAUAAAAAAUAUAUAGAUUGUAUAAAAUUUAAUACAAACGGAACAGCUCUAGCUUCCUAUUCUAAAUUAGAUUUAUCUUUUAAGUUAUGGAAUUGUACAAACGUAGGAUUAUUUAGUGGUUUCUUAAAAAUUCAGUCCAAAUGUACGCGUGAUAUACAACUAUCCAAAAUUAAAUCAAGUUAUCUUUACCUCUCAGAUAGUUAUAUUGAUAUUACAUAUAAAAAAAAAAAUGAAUGGAUAUUAAAAAGGGAGGACAACGCUAUAUAUCUUAUAUACAUAUGA